AUGCGCAGGAACAGCAGCACCAUCACAAACAGCAGCAUCAGCAUGCAUAGUAGCAGCAGCUGCAUGCUCAGCAGCAGCAGCAGCAGCAAGCUUAGCAGCAGCAGCAUGCACAGCAGCAGUACCAGCAACAGCAGCACCAACUGCAUGCUCAGUAGCAGCAGCAGCAACAACAACACCAUCAUCACCAGCACCACCACCAGCAGCAGCACAACCAGCAGCAGCAGCACAACCAGCAGCAGCAGCACAGCCAGCAGCAGCAGCACAACCAGCAGCAGCAGCACAACCAGCAGCAGCAGCAAAGUAUUGUCUGACCUCUACAAGCCUGGUGUCGAGGCUCCAGAGACACCUGGCGAGAGUAGCUGCUAA